AAAGAAAAAAAAGUUACUCCCUCUGUUGUUCAUUUCUUUUAUUUUCCGCUUUCAUAUUUUCAACCUUUUGUUGAAUUUUUUAUAUUUAAUUAAAUAGUUAUGAUUAAUUAAGUGUCUUGAGUUGAUUCAAAUUCCUAAAAGAUACUACCUCUGAUCAAUCCUUAAAGCGAGGGAAACACCUUUUGGUCACUUUCGGCUUAGAUUUUAUAUAAUUUUCUGCGGUUGAUUUGCAAAAAUUACAACAUGUCCUCAGCCCAAGGUUUCAACGGUAUCGGUUUUUCCGAAAAAGUGGCCAUUCUUGAUGCUGGUGCUCAAUAUGGUAAAAUAAUCGAUCGUCGAGUUCGUGAACUUGCAGUUGAGUCAAUUAUCCUUCCUCUUAAUACACCAGCCAAAGAAUUGGAAUCAGACGGAUACAAAGGAAUCAUUAUUUCUGGCGGUCCCGGCUCCGUUUACGCUGGCGAUGCAUUACCAUAUGAUCCUGAGAUUUUCCUUUUGAAUAAACCAGUUCUUGGAAUAUGUUAUGGUCUGCAAAUGUUAAAUAAAGAAUUCGAAGGUACCGUAGAUAGAGGCCAAGGUCGCGAAGAUGGACAGUAUAAAAUCGAUAUAGACAACAAAUGUCUUCUUUUUAAAGGACUUAAUGAAGAAGAAGAGGUUCUUCUAACCCAUGGAGAUAGCAUAAGUCAAAUCGCUAAAGGUUUUAAAGCAAUAGCAAACUCAAAGAAUAUCAUUGCAGGUAUUGCUAAUGAACAGAAAAGGUUAUAUGGUGUUCAAUUUCAUCCUGAAGUAGAUUUAACUCCUAACGGUAAACAAAUGAUUAAGAACUUUUUAUACGAAAUCUGUGGAUGUACUGGUUCUUACACCAUGCAAAGUCGUGAAUUAGAAUGUGUUGAAUUUAUUAAAAAAACCGUUGGUGACAGUAAAGUUCUGAUGCUCGUAAGUGGAGGGGUUGAUUCAACAGUUUGUGCUGCUCUCCUUCACAAAGCUUUAAAACCCGAUCAAGUUAUAGCUUUUCACAUUGAUAACGGUUUUAUGCGUAAAGAAGAAAGUGAUCAAGUAGAAAAGUCACUUAAACGUCUUGGUUUGAAUCUUAAAGUUAUCAAUGCUUCUUACCAAUUUUAUAAUGCAUCAACUACUGUACCGGUCGACAGAAAAGAUCCAAGUCGUAAAAAGGCAACCGAAAUCCUUUGUCAAACUACAGCUCCCGAAGAGAAGAGACAAAUUAUCGGUGACACUUUUGUUAAGAUUGCAGAUGAAAUUGUCCGUGAUCUUAACUUAAAACCUGAAGACGUGUUUCUUGGUCAGGGUACUUUGCGUCCUGAUCUAAUAGAGUCUGCUUCAAAGUUAGCUAGUUCCAAUGCAGAUGCUAUUAAAACGCAUCACAAUGAUACCGAAUUAGUCCGACAAUUGAGAGAUCAAGGUCGUGUAGUUGAACCUUUAAAAGAUUUCCACAAAGAUGAAGUUCGUGAGCUUGGAAGAAAAUUAGGCUUACCCGAAGAAUUUGUUCAACGACAUCCCUUCCCUGGUCCAGGUCUUGCAGUUCGUAUCCUUUGCGCUACUGAAGCUUUCAUGGGACGUGAUUUCUCCGAAACUGCCGUUCUUGUAAAAGUUAUUGUCAACUACAGUAAUGCCUUAAUUAAGAAACAUGCACUUCUAAAUCGUGUUCAAAAUGCUACCACUGAAGACGAAAGAGAAUUUCUGUCAAAUUUAGGGCAAAAAUACAAACUUACAUCAUCUUUACUUCCUAUCAAAAGUGUUGGUGUUCAAGGAGACUGUAGGUCUUAUAGUCAUGUGGUGGGUCUUUCAUGUGAAGAGCUUCCAACCGAGUGGGAAGAUUUGAUAACUUUAGCGAAAAUUAUUCCUCGUAUUUGUCAUAAUGUUAAUAGAGUUUGUUUUAUCUUUGGAGGGGUUGUCUCCUAUCCAGUACAAGAUGUAACACCAACCUAUUUAACUCCCCAAGUUUUGAGCACUCUAAGAGAAUGCGAUUAUAUUGCUCAAACUAAAUUAGCAGCAUCAGGAUAUUACAACAGUGUAGCCCAAAUGCCGGUAAUAUUGAUCCCGAUUCACUUUGAUCGUGAUGUCGCAUCAAGACAACCCUCUUGUCAAAGGUCCGUUGUAUUAAGAACCCUAAUCACUGAAGAUUUUAUGACUGGUAUACCAGCAGUACCAGAUAAACAUUUACCUCUAGAGCUAAUCAAGCAAAUUGUCGACUCUGUGUCACAAGUUAAUGGUAUAUCUCGUGUAUUAUACGAUUUGACCCCUAAACCACCAGCUACCACCGAAUGGGAAUAAGAUUGAUUAAAUAAAAGAUUAAAUUGAUUUAAAGAAAAAAAAGAAAAUGAAAUUAUCUAAACACAUAAACUAAGAGAAAGAUUGACCGGAAGGAAAGAAACAAAAAAAGGAACCAAGUAAACCCGAAAAAAUAGAAUAUCUUUUAAAUUAAAGAAUCAUAAAAAAUAAUAAACUUUUUAACAAUUAAUCGAAAAUUAAUGGAAAACCAUUCAAGGGAUCAGAGGAAAUGCAUGUACGAGGUAAACAAUUAACGAGACAAUAGUUAAACUGAUUGUUCAAACUAAAUAAGAAUGAGAAAAGUGAGAAAAGAAACACUUGAUCAUUUCGAUCAAUUCAAUCAUCUUGUAAUUGUAUAAUUUACUUGAUUAUAAAUUCUUAUAAACACUUUGUUUAAGAAUUCAAUGUAAUUAUGAUUGUUGUUGUUUAAUUAAAUCAAUUUCAAAAGAAA